UAAUCCAUUUUGCAGGACAUGUUUAUUGGUGGUGGAGAAACAUCCUCAGCGGUUGUGGAAUGGGCAAUGGCUGAAAUGAUAAAGAAACCAAAAAUGAUGGAAAGAGCACAAUCUGAAGUUAGAAGUGUUUAUGGUAACAAAGGGUAUGUGGAUGAAUCAGAAUUGUACCAAUUAACAUACUUUAAGUGUAUCAUCAAAGAAACUCUAAGGUUACAUCCAUCUGUGUCAUUGUUAGUUCCAAGAGAGAACAAAGUACCAUGCCAAAUCGAUGGGUACCGAAUUCCAGCCAAUUCUAGAAUCAUGAUCAAUGCUGGGGCGAUUGGAAGAGAUCCAAGGUAUUGGAUUGAUUCUAUGGACUUUAAGCCUGAGAGGUUUGUUGAUAAUUAUUCAAUUGAACAAACUUUGAGUUUAUUCCAUUUGGUGGUGGAAGAAGAAUGUGUCCCGGGAUUGCAUUUGCUACACCAAACAUGGAGUUGCCACUUGCUCAAUUUCUUUAUCAUUUUGAUUGGAAGCUUCCCAAUGGAAUCAAGAACGAGGAACUUGACAUGAGUGAGUUGUUUGGGAUCACUAUAAGAAGAAGAAAUU